UUUCUUUAUCUAUCGAAGCUGCCAUAGAAUGUACGAGAACCCUUGCGAUUCCAAUGAAGUCUCCUCGUCGCAAGAAGAUGAAGUCGUCUACCGAGAGCAGUCUUUGAACGAAGCCGACCUGCAUUUGUUCCGAAAGCCACAAGAUCAUCAUUGGGCUAGCUUAACGCAGCAAACACAGCCGGAAAGUCCAAAACGCUUUGUACCCAAGAUAUCUUCUGUUUCACAGCUCAUAGAGACGAAACCAGUAACGUCACAGUCUAGUAACGGUUCGUCGCCCGCGAGGGCUAGGCAUUUUGCCGCUGAGAAUGUUUUUGCAGGGUUGGAAGCAAUGUUGGACGAUCGCGUAGAGAAGGACGACAGCUGUAAGGAAGUCAAAGAUGCAUUCAGUGGGUUGAUAGACCAAGCCAGUAACAAGCAAUCGAUGCCUUCGAAGUCACUAAAAUCUUCAUCAUCAAACGCAGAGCCACAGACUGCUGACGAUUUAUGUGUUGCCGAAGCCUUUGACAAAGGAACAGAUUCACAGUCAAUAGAUUCUCUUCUGUCCAACGACACUGAGCAGGCUUUUCUCAUUGAACAGCAGCAGCUGAAUCUUCCGAAAACGCGAUGUGUCAAAAGAAAACGCCCCAUCGUUUCCGUCCUCGCUUCGACCUCGCUUGUCGAGCAAGUGCACCAAGUUGCGAGACAGGUCGUCCGUUGGUCAGUCGCUUUCCCUGACUACCACCCAAUCGUUGCUCGAGAAAAGCCGUAGAGUCGCACAAAAACAGCGGCAUCUACAGAGUGAGUCGGCAACUGGCAGUCAAAUGACCAGAAGGAGGAAAAUAGGUGACGUAAAACCAAUGCCGGUGUCCGUCUCAAAAUCGAUCGUGGGGUCGAGACCAAAACAUUGGGGAAUUGAGAGGCAAAUCUUACAUGGAUUAGGGACUUAUCGUCCCGGGCUGUUACGAGGAGAUUAUCAAGCAUCCUUACUGGCGGAAGCAACGAAAGUCUCGUCUUCAAAACUUCUGCAGCCCUUUCAGCCAUCACAGUGCUUGUCUCUCCCAGCUGCAGCACUAUCGUGGUCAACGAGUCCUAAGGAGCGCUCCUUUCCGCUGUCUGAUACACGCCAGGAAAAGGUUUCACCAAUGACACUGCCAGCCAGUUUUGCCCCAUCGUUUUGCGCUCAAACUCCAACGAGUCCUGUCCCUACCUAUGCUUCUAAUGCAUUGGACGUGCUGGAGGAUACCGACGACCGAGAAACAUUGGAAUCUCCUAUUUUGAAAUCUCCCACAAGCUUUCAUUCGCCACCGCCAAAGAGAUCGACACGAAAGCUGACCGGGACGCUAGCAAAACGUCUCAAAACUUUGCGAGAUUCUUCCAUCGGCGACUCUAUUCGUCUACAGAGUGGCCAAUAUCCAUUUGGGGCAAAGUCCACUGACUGGAAUGAUCCGCGAAGUCGUGCAUCGUCCUACCUGGAUGUCACCAUAAUAGGGGAGGCCAAGUGUUGGGAAAAUGAUCCAAAAAAGUUGACGACGUUGGCCUAUGUUCAUCGGUAUUGUACUGUCAAGGAAUCGUCGACGCUGCCUACGAAAGGAUUUGUGUGGCUUUGCUUGACGCACGAGAUGGCACGCAUGCAAAGCGUGCGGGUUGGCUUGUCGUUACGGAUCUACAACGCAGUUGUUGUUCCCUGGAAUGAGGCGUCUACUCCACACGCUUUAUCCUACAACAUCCAACACAUCGUUUUCGAUACACAGCUCUGCGAACCGUAUCCAGACACUCUUCCGCCUUUGCCAGAGUGCACUUGA